AUGAGGACCCUGGACCAGCCUCCUGUUUCCAGCCUAGAUGUUCAACCUUCCCGCUUCAUCUCUUUCAGACCCAGAUUCUCCUUGACGCCAAGACCCAACUUCACUGCUGUGACAGAGUUCACCUUUGAAGGCUUUUCCAUUUUUGGGUGGCAGCACAGACUCAUCCUCUUUGUGGUCUUUUUGGUCUUGUACCUGUUGACCCUCACGAGCAAUGCCAUCAUCUUGAUGGUUAUCCGCCUCAACCGUCAGCUUCACACACCCAUGUACUUCUUCCUGAGUGUCCUGUCCGUUUCUGAGACCUGUUACACCAUGGCCAUCAUCCCCCAGAUAUUGUCCAGUCUCCUGAGCCCCCAACAAGCCAUCUCCGUUCCAGACUGUGCCACUCAGCUCUUCUUCUAGCUCACCUUCGGCAUCAACAACUGCUUCCUGCUCACGGCCAUGGGGUACGACCGCUAUGUGGCCAUCUGCAACCCCCUACGGUACUCGGUCAUGGGCAAAAAGACCUGUAUACAGUUGGCAGGUGGAUCCUGGAGCAUUGGCCUGAGCACAGCCAUCAUUGAGGUGUCUUCUGUGUUCAGCCUGCCCUUCUAUGAAGCCAACAUCAUCUCCCACUUCUUCUGUGACAUCCAGCCCCUAAUGAAGUUGGCCUGUGCUGACACCACCAUCAAAGAAUUUAUUACUUUGCUCAUCAGUCUGUACGUGCUUGUUCUGCCCAUGGUGCUGAUUUUCAUCUAUGUCCCGACGGUCUCCACCAUCCUCAAGAUAGCAUCUGCUGAGGGCCGGAAAAAGGCUUUUGCUACCUGUGCCUCCCACCUCAUUGUGGUCAUCGUCCACUAUGGCUGUACCUCCUUCAUCUGCCUCAAACCCAAAUCCCAAAAUUCCCUGCAGGACAGACUCAUCUCCGUGACCUACAUGGUCGUCACCCCCCUACUGAGCCCUGUUGUAUACAGCCUGAGGAACAAAGAGGUCAAGGAUGUCUUGCUCAGAGCUUUAGGCAAAAAGCCCCUCUCUUAG